AGAUACAGGCGGCGCAGCGCAGUGCUGUGCUCAUUCGGCGACCAGCUCUGAGGCAGGACCCACGUUAUCGAGCCAGCCUAUCUUUGCUGCCACACUGAGCCAUGCGUGUGUGCAGCGUGCUGGGCGUGUGUGUGUUGGCUGUGGUGGUGAGUGUGGCGGCCGCAGCUCUCCCGCCCCUGGGAGUCGUGCAAGCGGCGGCUCAGCCUUCAAAGGAAUACUUGGAUGUGGAAGUGAAAAAUGACGCGGUGAGGUCAGACCUGACCAUUAAUCAGGCAGAAGACCCCUCGACUGAUUCUUCUGCUGAACCGCCCACGGACCCACCUACAGACCCACCCACGGACCCACCUACAGACCCACCCACGGACCCACCUACAGACCCACCCACGGACCCACCUACAGACCCACCCACGGACCCACCUACAGACCCACCCACGGACCCACCUACAGACCCACCCACGGACCCACUUACAGACCCACCCACGGACCCACCUACAGACCCACCCACGGACCCACCUACAGACCCACCCACGGACCCACCUACAGAUCCACCCACGGACCCACCUACAGACCCGCCCACGGACCCACCAAUCACCACUACACUAGAGCCCACCGACCCAUCCAUACCCAUACCCACAGCCACACCUCCACGCACUCACAAACUAACUGUGGGCGACCUGGGCACGGCUGAGGGCGUCAUCCUAACUUCCUUCAAGAGCAGGGACUUCUAUGGCUUCAUGAGUCUGCCGUACGCUGAGCCGCCAGUGAACGAGUCCCGGUUCAAGUACCCCGAGGAGUUCGCAGGCCCUUGGGAGGACAAAUAUUAUGACGCCAGCUACCUGCGGCCGCGGUGUGCCCAGGCCUCGCUCCUCUUCACCGGCAUCGUCAGCGGCAGCGAGGACUGUUUGCACCUUAGUGUCUACACGCCCCUGCUGCCUGAGGACCUGACGGAGGGGCAAGAUGCGCUUCCCGUGAUGGUGUUCAUCCACGGCGGCGCCUACAUGUCCGGUGACGCCUUUCUCUACGUGCCCACCAAGCUCAUGGACAGGGACGUGGUGGUGGUGGUGGUGCAGUAUCGCCUCGGCCUCCUCGGGUUCCUGGCGGCAGGCGUGGAGGAGGCUCCAGGGAACAUGGGCUUGAUGGACCAAAUCAUGGCCCUCCGAUGGGUCCAAAAGCACAUCCACCACUUUGCUGGAGACCCGGACCUAGUGACAGUGUUCGGCCAGAGUGCAGGCGGCGCCAGCUCCUCCUGGAUGUACCUCACGCCCCUGACCAAUGCGUCAGCCGAGGGGAACAACGGUCGCCAGUUGCUGCACCGCGUCAUCCCCCAGAGUGGGUCGGCGCUGGAGGAGUGGACGCUCGAUAAGGAUCCUGAGAGCUCCUUCGUUGUGGCGGCCUCCAAACUAAACUGCGACAAUCCAGGUUUCACCACGGCGGAUAUACUGAACUGCAUGAGGAGCAGGCACUAUGAGGAUGUGGUGAACGCUGCCGUCGCGAUAUAUAUUGAGGACCGGCGGGCUGGCGGGCUGGGCUUCAAGGGGCUGUCUCCUGUGGUGCAGCGGGACAUCGCGGGGAUACACCCAGUCAUCCCCAAGGACCCCCGGGAGAUCCUGGACGCCGCGGAAUUCCUGAACAUUCCUGUCAUGACUGGCAGCGUGAGGGAUGAGGGAUCCUUGGUCAUGGGGCUAACCUACAAGGACUUCAUGGUGUACAACAACCACACCACCGAGGACGUGGAUUUCCUCAAGAAUGACGCGCUGAUGAUGCUGCUGCAGGCUUUCGGCAUCGAGGACAAGACAGGUUCCGUAUCCAGCUCCAUGAGACUGACCUAUCUGCCCGACGCCACCAUGGGCGACUGGGACUCCAUGAUCGGCGGAAUGAUAGAUAUGAGCGGCGUGAUGUUCCUCAAGUCAGGGCUGUGGGAGCUGACCCGUCGCGCCUCCCUCGCCAACGAGAACUCCCCCAUCUAUUUCUACUCGUGGGAAUAUGAAGCCGACGACUCCCUCUUCGACUGGAUCUUUAUGUCCUUCCCUGAUAUCCCUGUCCCUGGAGGUGUUUCCCACGCUGACGAGCUCCUCUACCUGUUCCACCUGCCCGCUGUGCACGACGAGCGCCAGAAGGUGAUGGUGGACCGCAUGACAAAAAUAUGGACUAACUUCGCAAAAUAUGGUGACCCGACCCCCGAGGCCACGAGGGAGCAAUGGGAGGAUGCGAUAGAGAAGUGGAAUCCCUAUACCCCAGACCAGCAGAACUUCAUGCUCAUAAAGGACAAUUUCACGAUGAUGGUGGACUACACGACGAGAUGGAACUACCACUCUACCGGCAACGACUCCACUGUAGAGCCGCCAUCCACCACGAUGGCGCCAGACAUGGUGAGCCGCGACACCUACGACGACAUGAAGGAGGAGAGAAAUAACUUCGCAAUAGCGACGGUCGUCCUGGGAGUUGUGUGCGCCUUCUGCCUUCUCCUCUUCGUCAUCGUCUACAUCAGGAAGCGAAGAAAACAGAACGAUAUAGUUUAGGUUAUAAGAAACAACAAUCAAGUGGCGUGGUGAUGACGAGAAGCUGUGUGCAUGCCCCGCUAUCCCACUGAGUGCCUGUGCAUCACUCACUGAGCUGCCUGCCACCUGUCCACCCCAGACUGUGCCAUGACUCAGAAACAGGGGAACCUCGCGGGUGUCACGGGCCUUGGAAGAACCGACAGACUGACCCUCGCUGCCUGGCCACGCUAUCCCAACAUGUGCCGGCGGUGGAGCAAUUCCUCGCCACGCGACAACCUUAAUUAAUGUAUAGAAUAAUGAGAUAGGUUAUAUAUAGCGCACACACACGCACGCACACACACACACACACACACACACACACACACGAUACAAUCAUACAUCUUUUGACGGCGUUAUUGCAACGGUAACAUCGAUUUUAAAGGUUACUCUUUAUUUAACAAGCAUUUUUGCAAUCUCUCUCUCUCUCUCUCUCUCUCUCUCUCUCUCUAAGAAAUAUGGUAUAACUAUACUCAUGGAGUAUAUACUUCAUAGCUAUGACCAAAUAAUGCAGGGAAACUUGUAUAUUAAAAUCUCCUCGACGA